AAAUGUCAAAAUUGAUUAUUGUUUGAGAAAGUAUUGUAUUUUGUGAGUGAAGAAUAUGUUUUUUUAGUUAUUUAAAUGAAAUUCACACUAAUUAAACAUCUAUAAAUAGGAGAGGACAUCUUCACUGUCAAUACCAAUUUUGUGCUUGCCUUGAGCAUUAUUCAUCAUGACUAAUUUGGAUGUGAGCAACAGCAGCACUGACAGCAGUUCAGGGUCGACUUCUGAUUCUAGCAGUAGUGGGACGUCAUCUACCAGCUCAGGCUCAGGAUCCAGCAGUUCUGACUCCGAAUCAUCCACGUCCGACGUGCCGGCCACCGUACCGCCACCUAAAUCACCAGUACCUCCACCAGUGGAAGAACCCGCAAAAGAGGAGCCAAAACCUCAAAGGCCAGCAAAAGUCUCUUCAUCCAGUGAUGAUGAAGUACCAAAACCGGAGACACCAAAACCAAUGCCACCAAGACGACGAUCAAUCAAAUCUAAAAAUGCUGCAUCAGUACUCGUCAAAAAACAACCAGCAGUUCCGAGGAUCACAACCGGCGCAAAGUCCAAAGCGAUAUCAAAAACAAUACCGAAAGCAAAUAAAAUAGAUGCAAAUUCACUAAAAAAGAAAAGCAUUUUCUCACCCGACAACAGUUCUGAAUCAGAAACUGAGAGCAAGGACAGCAAAACGUCCAAAACCAGCCCAAAGGGUUCACCGAUCAACAAAAAGACCAGUAUUAAAUCCAGCGACGAAAAAGAUACACCUUCACCAUUGAUGCCGGUGCAAAAUGAAGAUUCAAAUUCCAACUCCAAGGAUAGCUCUAAACGUAGAGCGAGCAGGUCAAGUGGGCCUCCAUCUAAAAAAGCUUCGGAGGACAAAAGCGCGUCCUCAUGCUCGUCCAGCCAAUCAUCAGUGGAAUCUGUGUCCUCCGAGAGUGAUAGCGAUCGCAUGGAGAAGAAAGAAGAUUCCAAUACAAGCAAAUCCAAACCAUCCUCUAAUGCGAGUAGUAAGCCGGAGACAACACCGAAGAGUGGUGAUUCGAGUGACUCCGUGGGUACAAUGACUCGUAAGUUGACUCGAUCCUUGUCAGCCAGAGUGUCCCGGAUGGCUGCCAAACCCACCAACACUGACACCGACUCAGAGGCUGAUGAUAAAACUGUGGAACAGAGUAAGGAUGAUAAACGCCUGGCAAAGGCUCGGGCUGCGAUCGGACGCUCGCCGGUCACACCAGCUCCUCCGACCGCACCUUCAGAGAGGAGGUGUCCCGUCAGAGACUGUGACUCCAGCGGACAUCUGGGCGGUAAGGUCAAUCGUCACUUCACCUGGGACGCUUGUCCCGUGUAUCACAACGUGACGGCUGCCUGGUGCGUCGCGGCGGCCGAGGAGCGAGCAGCCGCCGCCGCGACCAGGAGGCGGGCGCUCGCCGCAAUGCACCAGAGGCCCAGGGCUAUGCCCACCAUCGAACAACGGGCGUACCAGCUCAAGGUCAAGGACCUGCGUUCGAAGUGGAAGGGCAGUCAGGAGUUACGGUCGAUGGCGAACAACGAGGAGUUGGGUGAUGAGAGGGAGCCGGUGCUGGAAGGCUUCGCCCCCGACUACGACCUGCGGCUGUUCAGGGAAGCGCAGGCUCUGGCGGCUGUUAAGAUCGAAGAGGAACUUGGAGAUAUAUCCACCGAUAAAGGCACCAGUAGUUAUUGUUCUUCGUCCAGAUACGUGGUGAUGGGCAAGUAUCUGAUGGAGGUCUGGUAUCAGUCGCCGUACCCGGGCGACGCGGCUCGGGUGCCGAGGCUGUUCGUGUGUGAGUUCUGCCUGUCGCAUCACAAGUGCGCGGCCGGCGCUAACAGACACAAGGCCAAGUGUGUAUGGAGACAUCCGCCCGGGGACGAGGUGUACAGGAAGGACAACCUGAGCGUGUGGCAGGUGGACGGCCGGAAACAUAAGCAGUACUGCCAGCAGCUCUGUCUGUUGGCGAAGUUCUUCCUGGACCACAAGACGCUGUACUACGACGUAGAGCCCUUCCUCUUCUAUGUGAUGACCUGCGCUGAUGAUGAAGGCUGUCACAUCGUUGGAUAUUUCAGUAAGGAGAAAAACUCGUUCUUGAACUACAACGUGUCUUGUAUACUGACCCUACCGCCCUACCAGCGUCAGGGCUACGGCAGGCUGCUCAUCGAUUUCAGUUACCUCUUAACUAAAGUGGAGGGUAAAGUGGGUUCGCCGGAGACCCCGCUGUCGGACCUGGGGCUCAUAUCGUACAGGUCAUACUGGAAGGAGGCUCUAUUGAAGAGGCUCUGUUCGGCGUCAGGGUCGACUCUAUGCAUACGAGACCUCAGCAAGGACCUGGCGAUCGCGUCCUCGGACAUCGUGUCCACCUUGCAGGAACGCGGCUUAAUGAAAUACUGGAAGGGAAAACACAUAGUGCUGAAAAAACAGGAGGUGCUAGAGGAGGCGAGCCGGCGCGCCUCCAGAGCUCGCAGCGUUGAGCCUUCCUGUCUGCGGUGGUGGAGCUCGGCCCGCUGACGCCGCGCCCCCCGCGCCCCCCCGCGGAACUCACGGCACGCACGACCCAGGAGACCAACAAGACGCCGCCGGCCUAGGAGACCCAACUCCUCGGCCGCGAGGGCACUGCUUUAACACGCACGCCGGGUGUGCUCCACCCGGGGACGAGGUUGAAGGGUCUACUCUAGGUAACUAGCUUAUGUAUUAUACAGUCUGUCUGAUUUACAGAGACUAGGACAUUUAUACUUGUUAUGGGACUGUGUCUGCGGACUAUGUGGCUACGGAGAACUGUUCACUCAAUGUGAGGAUGUGUCGGAUAGUGUAUAGUGGAUUGCUGAAGUUAUUGUGUCAAUCUAUGUGAGUUCUGCUCUUCUUAUAGACUCAGUCGCCUGGACCUGUUUGAACUAUUUGUUGGGUAGUUUUAAGUGCUAAGUAUAAGUUUAUCUCCAAGUGUUCUAUAUUAUUAAGUCGGACUUUUCUGGUAAUGAAGCUAUUUUUAGGCAUGCACCAGAAAAUUCUCUCGAAUCAAUAAGCUGCCUGAUGAUGAGAAGAUUAUAAUGUUUAAAGGGACAUUAGGUAUUUGAAUGUUGGACAUGUAAGUUAUCGUAGCGGAAAGAUUUACCCAGCAUCCAAUAUGAGAGAAAUGUACAUAGUACCAGGAACUUAUGGAAACUGAGAUAAUGAUUUGUUGGUAUUUAAACUAAUUUUCACUUAAGAUAACUGAUGUCUGACAACCAUUGUGACAUAACCCCUUAAAUUCAUGAUGAAUCUUGUAGUUUGUAGAGAAUAAGAAAGAUUUGAGGAUCUUAUUAAUAUGGAUAUAUGAUUUCGGUUCUAGGCUAAAAAUGUCUUGUUAAUAUAAAUUGUUAGUUGAUGUUUAUUACGUUGUAUAAAUAAAUUUAAAAAAUUAAUUUUAUAAUAAAAUACUAUUUUUAAUGCAAUAUAUCUUAAUUAUAAUAAGAAAAGUUAUCUAGAUAAGAGUUUUAUUAAUCUUACAAAUUAAUUUAACAAUGUAUGUGUGUGUGUCUGCGUGUGUGUCUGUGUGUGUGUACAUAUGAUGCAUAAAGCCCGAUAUUAGCUGAUUGGUGUAAGAAAUAAUUACAAUAGGUUUAGACGAAUCACAGAGAUGGAUAAGUUUUAAAUAAUAUAUAUUUUGCUCGCACAACAACAGCACUAUUAUAAAUAAAAAACAUUGACUUAAAACGUAAUUCCAAGUAAUGUUGUUAGCUGAUCCUAUCGAUUUUACUUGGAAUAAUAAACUACCCUCACCGAACUAGAUAGUGUUUUUAAGAGGAAUAAUUCUCUAUUUUUAGCUUCCACCGUCAGCUUCCAAUCAAUUGAUCGCUUUCAUUUUGUUUGCAAGUUAUAAAUAUAUUUCUUAUAAGAUUUUGGGACCUCGUCAUAUCAAAAUACUAUAAGUGCUUCAACUAACUAUACGUUUACUAUAAGUUUGUAUAGCUAUAGCUAACUACGAAAUGAGCGUUUAAAAAUAUUAAUUUAUGAAACAACAUCGAUACUAACACGUGAGAAGAUUAACGAAUUAAAAACUACAAACGCUCCGUAUUUAGUUUGACGAUGAUUACAUGUGGUAAGCAAACUGUAUUGUCUUUUUUUUAACAAGUGUUUGUUUACGAUAAUAUAAAAAAAAAUACAAUAAUUAAAAAUAUAUAUAUAUAUAUAUAUAUUAAAUCGAUUUUCUUGAAGACUGUGUACAACCUUAAGUCUGUUUAAUUUACGUGUUAUUUAAAAAAAUGUCUUUUUCAUAUAAAUUGCAUUUAGGAACACAAAUAAUAAUUUUAAAUUUCGCUUAACAGAUGUUUAGGAUAAAUAUUACAUAAUAAGAAAUAUUUUUAUGUUAUCUAGUUAAAAUUAAAGCGGUUUAAUCUAAUUCUUAGGAUAAAAAGUUCACUGAUACCAGGAUUCCAACCUGAUAGGUAGAUCCAUUCGCGUUACCAGUACGCCAUGGCUUAGUUAGAAAAACAAAUGAAACGUGCUCCGGAGGUAGCAGGUUUGGAGCCCGUUUGUGUCAAUUAAUUUAUCUUUCUGUAUCUAUUCCACUUUGAACUGUAUAUUUAAAGAGAAUAAGGUCGUUUUUCGUCAUAUAUGACUCUUUUAGACAAAUAUUUAAGAAUUUAUAGGUAUUAUUGCGGAGUAGAUUUUGAAGUGAGAUUGAAAUUAAGAAACAACACUAGCAGUAGUAUUUGGAUUUGUUUAUUUUAGAAGAAUGAUAUUAGAAUAAAAUAAACAUAUUCUCUUAAUUAAAUCUGAUUAAGUUUAUGUAAAAAAAUUAGGUAAAAACUAUUACCGACAAACCUUCGAACUGUUACUUACGUUUUACUUCUUACUAAUAUUGGUCUAAAUUAAUUUUAUAAUGUCUGAUGAGAAAUAAAUGUUAUAAUGUACAUAUUGUAAUAAAGUACUUAAUAAUAACUAAUUUAUAUUAUAGUUUCAAUAAAAUUAAUUUUAUCUAU